AUGGAUAGUCCAACACCACCACCUGUAGUAAUAUUAUCAACCACCGCCACCACCACACCACCACAAUCAUCACAACCAACACAAUCACGUUCACUCAAUUCCUCAUCAAAUUCAACACCAAUUAUAGUUCAAUCUUCAUCAUCACCACCAUUGAAUUCGAGUGGUGAAAUCAUUAACAACAAAAUCAGUCGUAGUCCAUCUUCAUCGUUUACCUCUACGUGGAGUCCACCAACGAACAGCGGUGGAUGGAAGACAUCGGCACCGAAGCGUGACUCUGUCUAUGGAGUGGCACCACUCUCAACGAGUCAACAGAAUCUACUAUCACCAGCCCGCAAAUUCAGCCAUAUAUCAUCACCAGACUCGAUGACUUCAACCAGCACAGCAGUAGAUUUACCACCACCAACAUUCGAUCUAUCUUCCUCUGGCUCAACAUCAACCUCACCAAACUCUGUAAAUAACAAUAGCAAUUCACAACAACAACAACAACAACAAACACGUAUAGUAGUAAAUAAUAAAUCACCUCCAACCUCUUCAUCUUCAUCACCAUCUUCCUCAUCUAUUUCACUUACUCCACCAGAUUCACCUUCACAAAAUCAUCAUAAUAAUAAUAAUAAUAGUAACAAUAGUAAUAAUAAUAACAACAACUCACUUUCAACUCCAACAAGUCCUGUAAUAUCAAGUAGUAAUAGUAAUAGUAAUAGUAACCUUACUUUAAGUGGUGUGGGUACCGAUGGAGUACACCGGACAAUUGUACAGGGUUCGCAAAUUCAGUGGUGGCAAAUCGACUCAAGACAUCGUCCAGCAACUCAACUCCCAACUGGCGCCAAUCUAUCAAUCGCCGAAAAACAAGCUAUUCCUCAACAACGACGAACGUCCCGUUCCAAACGUCAGCCUUAA